AUGGAGGGCCCGGUGUGGGCCCGGUGCUGUGUUGGAGGAGGCCUGGGUGAGGGGGAGAUGGAGGGCCCGGUGUGGGCCCGGUGCUGUGUUGGAGGAGGCCUGGGAGCAGCGGCAGAGCGGAGUGGCGGCGGCCGCAGCAGCGGCAGCGGCAGUGCAGUGGCAAGGCAGCAGCACCAGCGCACAGCGGCAGCAGCAGCAGCAGAGCAGCAGCAGUGGCAACCGGCAGUGGCCCCGGAGCAGCGGCAGCAGCAGCAGCAGCAGCGGCAGCGGCAGCGGCAGCAGCGGCAGCGGCAGCGGCAGCAGCAGCACAGCAGCAGCACCACAGCAGCAGCGGCGGCAGCGGCAGCAGCAGGCGGCAGUCAAGCAGCAGGGCGGCGGCGGCGGCAGCGGCAGCAGCAGCGGCGGCGGCAGCAGUGGCAGUGCAGCAGCAGCGGCAGCGCAGUGGCGGCAGCGGAGCAGUAG